GCAGUAAGAUGAAUGCUGUGAUUCUGUUUGUGCUGCCAAUGAUCGUAGCAUUGGCGCUGGCGCAGAGACAACAAUUUUUGUCUGUUGAUCAGGUCUGUGGGCCAAGCAAUGACAAUACAACAAGAAUUUGCAUGCGUUCCAAUGAAUGUAACCCUGAGCAUAAAGACUCGGCGCCAAGUUGUGGUUUCUAUGGCGGCAUUGAUCUUAUCUGUUGUCCUGGUGCGCCAAAAUUAGUCUACAACUCCUUGGUCUCGCUGCGUUAUCUGAAACAACCCUAUUUGGAUGACAAUAUUUAUCGUUGUACGGCCGUUAUAGCAACGAACGGCUUACUGAUAACGUCUACCAACUGCGUUAGCGACGAUGCCUCGAGUAAUCCCAAUAGUGCACUCUUUGGUGUUAGCAAUCCAUCUGCAUCGGCUUGGAAUCAUAUGGAGAUAGAAGUUAAAGAACCUAUAGUCAACCACAACAAGGGCUAUGCUGUGCUGCGACUGGCCGAGCCUAUUGACAAGGCGAAUCUGUCUGUCCAUGUUGAGAAAGCAAAUUUUUGCAGCAGGACAAUAGAUAGUCAGGAUAAACUGUAUGCUGUGGGCUAUGCUCAACAUAAUGGCAUCAAUUGUGGCCUGUUCAAGACCCAGCUGCGUCUGGUUGACUUUAAUGAGUGCCGCAAUGUGCACAACGAGUUCGAAAUGCUCAACAUUAGCAAGAGGACGCAUCUGUGUCUGCGGCCGGUGCAGAAUUCUCGGACGAAUCUUUCAGGCCCAAAUAAUUGUCAGCGUUGUUUAAUUGCCAGCAGCAGUGUGUUGCAUGUAGAGCAAGCAAAUGGAAGUGUUUGUGUGCUAGGCAUUGCCACGCCCACAAUGGCAGAUUGCAUUCAAAGCGAAGGGCCACUAUACUACCUGGGCAUUGUAACCGAGUAAAUUACAAAUCAUUAUAAUAAUCAUAAGAUUGUUACUUAGCAUUUAUAGGAAAAUAUACAUUCAUAUUAGGCAACAGUCCACAAAUACACAAACAUUUCAUUUAUUUUAUCUAUCAAGCUACGUCCUCAAGUGUACUCAAUCCCAGCUUUGGCUAAACCUAAGCAAA